UUUGAGGGUCGUGAAUUUUACGCAAUUCGGGAUGAGAAUUUCCUUGGAUUUCCACCCUGAAAUCUUGUGAUUUUAAUGAAAUACCAAAGUCACUCCUUUCGUCGGUGGCUGGACUACUGGCCUGGUAAGAAAUUGCUGGGAAUCUAUCGAUUUUUGCCGGCAUUCUUCAUCUUGGGAGCCGCUCUGGAAUUCUCGAUGAUCAACUGGACGGUCGGCGAGACGAAUUUCUACAACACUUACAAGAGGCGCCAGGCGAAGAACAUCCUCGAGGAGAGACUGCACGCUGAGGAAUCCGAGAAGUCCGGGCAGUGAAAAAUGCCCGCCGGCGUUUCCUGGGGUC